AUGGAUAGUGGGAGUUCUGCAUCUGAAGAUGGAGAACGUGAGUUUAAAGUCGUUAUUCUUGGCGAUGGCGCUGUGGGCAAAACAUCACUCAUCAAACGUUACUGUGAGAGUGACUUUGCACAGAACUACAAACAAACCAUAGGCCUUGACUUUUACUCGAAGAAAGUAGAAUUACCCGAUGGAGGUCGAGUUACUUUACGUAUUUGGGAUAUUGGCGGUCAACAGAUUGGUGGUAGUAUGAUUGAGAAUUACAUUCAUGAGGCGGAUGCGGUGUGUUUUGUGUAUGAUGUAACGAACCCCGACUCCUUUAAAGAUGUGGAGGAUUGGCACCGGUGUGUCCUCACAUCUCUGGAGAAGGAAAAAGAAACCCCCCGCUCCUCCUCACCAUUAAUGGUGUUAGUAGGAAAUAAAACAGAUUUACCAAAUAGACAGGUAACGAAUGGAAUGCAUGAGCGGGCGGCGUCUAUGAAUCACAUGGAGGCAUUUCUCAUCUCCGCCCGGUCUGGCGAGCGCAUUAACGCCCUCUUCACGAAAAUUGCCGCGCGGCUCUGCGGCGUGAGUGUCAGCCAGCAGGAGUUGGAGAUGCGGGACUGCGUGGUGGCGAAUGUCGAGUCGCGGCCGGAGGAGCGGGUGUCGGUCUUCCACGCCACGCAAGAGGAACGGAAGGGCCGCAAAGAGAAGGACGACUGCAGCGUUAUGUAG